AUGAUCACGUCAGCCGAGAUUGUGUUACCAUCGAAAGACAUUGCAAGAGAAGCAGAAUUCUGGGACGACCUCGGCUUUCGAAUGGACCAGAUCUAUCCUGCUGAUGACCCUCAAAUUGCAGCUCUGUCAGGGCACGGCCUACACUUACGGCUCGAUAAGACGAUCACCACCGCCCCGGGCACUGUGCGUCUGCUCUGUCGAGGAAAGCCAGAUCGAGACUCUCUUGUGUCUCCAUCAGGCACCCGUGUCGAAUUCGUCUCUGCAAGCAUCCAAUUUCCACGGCCUCCCACCCAACACGCCUUUGCCACCCGUCGCCUCAAAGACAACGCUCCCUGGGUCAUCGGUCGAGCAGGCAUGCACUACCGCGAUCUCAUCCCCUCACGAUUAGGAGGCGCCAUCAUCGCAUCUCACAUCCGCAUUCCAGACGCAGGACCCGUACCCGACAAAGUCCACUACCACGAGGUGGGAUUCCAGCUCAUCUUCUGCAUAAGUGGCUGGGUCCGUCUCGUCUACGAAGACCAAGGCCCGCCUUUCAUCCUAGCAGCAGGCGACUGCGUGAUCCAGCCACCUCAGAUUCGCCAUCGGGUCCUGGAGUCCUCGGAGAAUCUGCAGGUCGUGGAGGUCGGUGUGCCGGCGGAGCAUUUGACUACGAUGGAUUAUGAGAUGGAGCUGCCGACUUCGACCCAUCGACCGGAUAGGGAGUGGGAGGGUCAAAGGUUCGUGCACAGUCUAGCCAGAGACGCUGUUUGGAGGCCAUGGCGUAUACCGGGCUUCGAAGCUCGCGACACGGGUAUUGGGAAGGGUACGCGAGGUGUGGCAUCCGUGCAGGUCGCUCGUCCUGUUGCUGGCAACCACGGAUCUCGUGUGAUAACGAGCCAUGACUCUGAUAUUCUUCUCACUUUCGUCCUCGCUGGAUCAUGCACCUUGCACAGCGAAGACGGGGCUGAUCAUAAGCUGACCGAAGGGGAUGCCUACACACUCCCGCCUGGUAAUAAGAGCUGGCUGGCGGAUCUGUCUGAUGACCUUAACCUGCUGGAGGUGUCACUCCCUGCGGACUUCCAGACGACUGUGCACCCUCAACAAUCUCCAUCGGAGACCUCGUAG